GAGCCCCCCCCAGCUCCUACGGGCCUGCAAAGUAGCUGAACUAUAGGCCGACGGUUUAUUUACUGCCCGCUCCAUAUCUCCAGGGUAGGCUAGAGCUCUGUGGAAAGACCCGACUUGGGCAGGAUAUAGUAGUCGGCUGGCUACGUGCUGUAGCAUGGGACAGCUGGACGUCUUGGUCAUAUACACGCUGUAUCAUCUAACAAAACCUAUGGAAGACAAGCGUAAAACCAUCCCAGGGUUCUUUUCUCCACGUUCAACAUCUGAGACAGUGACCACUAUUGCACAAUACAGCUUACCUAGUUCCAAGCCUGCUGAACCUUCAACCUCCAUUGGUGAUGCGUCUCUAAUGGCCCCUAGACCUCUUUCUUGUGGUAACAAAACAUUGAAAGCUGAGAUUCUGUGGGCGCUAAAGUGUGUGGACUCUCAUUUUUCAUUCCAUUCAUGUGAACACAUUUCGGAUAUUUUUAAACAGAUGUUCCCGGGUGACCCUGUUGCACAAGCCUUCAGCUGUGGGGAGACCAAAUGUCGUUAUAUCUGUCAGUUUGGCAUAGCUCCAUACUUUCAUGGGUUGUUGAAAGAAUCCGCUAGGGCUGAUGGUGAUUGUCCUUUUGUUUGAUGAAUCUCUCAACAAAGUAACAAAAAAUAAGCAGAUGGAUAUCCUCCUCCUACUAUGGCAUCAUGACCAGGUGCGAUCCAGAUACUUCACAUCAAAAUUCAUUGGCCAUGCCUCUGCACAGGACAUGCUUGAUCAUUUCAAUUCGGCAAUAGAGGAUCUCAAUCAUACUGGCAUCCUCCAAGUAUCCAUGGAUGGGCCAAGUGUCAAUUGGUCAUUUUUUGACAAAUUCAAUAAUCAGAUAAAAGAAUACCAGGACUCGGAAUUGAUAAACCUUGGGAGUUGUGGACUUCAUGUUUUGCACGGUGCCUUUCAGGCAGGAUGUCGUGAAACAGGUUGGAAAGUGGAUGAUCUUUUAUCCAGUAUGUACCAUCUGUUCAAAGACUGCCCUGCUCGAAGGGAGGACUAUGCAAAGGUCAGAGAGCUCAGAUUUCCCUCUGAAAUUUUGCAAGCACAGGUGGCUUGAAAAUGGCCCUGUUUCCAGGCGUGCCAUCAGUAUUUGGGAGAGUAUGAAAACCUAUGUCACAGCCGUUGAUAAAAAGAAGGUUUCACGUCCUGCUAACAAAUCUUAUUCAGUUGUUAGUGGUGCCACGAAGGACCCAUUGAUAAUUGCCAAACUUUCAUUUUUUAACUCUGUCAGUAGAGAAGUUGAGCCUUUUCUUAAGCAAUAUCAAACGGACAAAGUCAUGAUCCCUUUUCUUGUUAGCGAUUUGGAGAAGCUGAUGAGAAAUUUGAUGGAAAGGUUUAUCGAAGGUGGAGUGCUUGAAGCUGCUCAGUCUGUUAAUGAACUACUUAAAAUUGAUUUGUCGAAAAACACCCUGAACAACAAAGACAUUCAGAUUGGGUAUAAAGCAGCAAGUGAGCUAAAGAAACUUAAAUCAUCUAAAGCCAUCAGUGGGCUUCAGGCAUUUGAAUUUAGAGACCAGUGUAAGAAGCUUUUGGUUAAGUUGGUCGAAAAAGUCAAUGAGAGGUCCCCGUUGAAAUAUUCCAUUGCUCGCAACUUGUCACGCUUAGACCCCAGACUCAUAGUCAAACAGGGUGAAAGUUCCAAAUUGAAAAUGAGAAGAUUAUUGGAGUUACUGGUGAAAUUGAAUCGUGUUCAUGAAGACGAUGUUGAUGAUUUGAACUGCCUGUACAGUGAAUUGUUUAGGGAUGUUGUCAGUGGUGAUGAUUUGGCUAUGUUCCGAGAUUAUGAUGUUGAAGAGGGUAGGGUGGACACCUUGUUGUAUGAAACCAUGGGCACAAACAAAAGAUAUGGCAGAUUGUGGAAAGAGAUCAGAAAAAUGUUGCUUCUUUCCCAUGGGCAAGCCUCAAUGGAGAGGGGCUUCUCCGUUAACAGGCAAAUUGAAAUGGAAAACAUGUCUGGGGGCAUGAAUGUUGCAUUGCGGACAAUUUCUGACUAUUUGUCAUAUGUUGGUGGUAUUUUUAAUGUUAACAUGACCAAACAGCUCCUCUGUUCAGUGUUGGGUGCACGACACAGGUACCAUCAAUAUUUAGAGGAAGAAAAACGUAAGAAGUGUCAGGAAGUGAUGAAUCUGAAACGAAAAGCUGCAACAGAUGAAAUUGACCUGCUCAGAAAAAAAAGCAAGACUCUUGACUCUGACAUCUGUGCACUGGAGAAAUCUGCUGUUAGUUUUGCAGAUCAAGCAGAGAAAACUCAGGGUGCAAAGUCCAAUGCCAUGAGGCGUUCUGCAGAUGAAAAAAAGGCAGACUUGAAAUUACUUCUUUCAGAUAUUGACUACAAGACCAAACAACUUGGUUAAUCCCAUCAUGAUUGUUCUUUCUUCAACCACUUCCUGACCAUUUGUCAGAAAAACACAUUACCUGGUAUGUAACCUGAUGGUGAUAAUUUGAUUCAGUUGUGUUACAUUUAUUUCACAAAUUUUACAAAUUGUGCAGUUGCAUCAAUUUGGAAUCAACUGAUGCUGUUCAUCUUAGUGUGUUCCCUAGGAUUUAGGUAGGGGUUUGUAAAUUGAACUAUAUUGAGGCAUUCUGUUGACUUUCGAGCAUUUUCAGGGAAAUGUAUAACAAUGCUGUCCCCAGGCUAAAACAAGCCUUGCCUCAAUGGUUUUGUAAAUUAUCUUUGUAAAACUGCAGAAAAUUAUAUUUUAUUAAAAUAUUUCCCAACCCCACCAUUAAA